CUUUAGAGCAUAAAGAUUUUCUCUUGGUUAGGGCCACAUUCUGCCAUCUUUGUACCCUCAAUUCUCUUAACGUGAGCAUAUCCAGGGCAUUCAUCAUUUCUGUUCUCUAGGAUGUCCACAGUUCAAUACAACAGAGCUGAGUUCAAUGGGGAAAGUUUCACAACGUAAUUCUGGUGGCCUUAGGCUAAGGAGUAUGGUGUAUGCCUGGUCAGGCUGAUGGCAGAGAAAUGUCUGUGAAGAUGUGAUGGCUGUGGGAAGACGUGAUUCUGCCUGAAUGUAGUUUUGACCUCUGGACUUACCUGUUGAAGUGUUUGUGUAAUGCAGCUUCUGAAUAAAGCAUGUGGUCAGUCUUUCUCAGUAACUGCACCUGUCAAGGGCUGUGGGCACACUUGGCUACCUGAAGAGCAGAUCCUCAGAUCACUGUCUUUCCCAGUCUGUUUGCCUUCCUGUGAAUCCAGCUAUUUAUCCAACUGUAGUUUUAUUUUGAUGUAGACAGUGAGAUGCCAAGAGUUAUAUUUUAUCCCCAUAACUAUCAUAAGAGGAUGCAAGUGUCUGAAGAAUCUUUCUCUGGGAGGAUGGAUGGACUGGAAGACUAUGUCUGUCAGGAGAUCUUUCACUAAUAAGUGGUAGAUUUGUGUCACUGCUUCAAGGGAAACCUGAGGGUCAGCACCCAGGAAGUGUUAGGUGUCACCUCUCUGCCAAGUUUUCCUGAUUAGAUGGGAAACCAAAGGUCUCAGUGCUCAGGGAGCAUGGUACAAACCAGUACAUCACCUUCCAGUCUGAAGUGCAUUUUGAGUCACUAUGCCAUUGAGACUUUGUAACAUUUCUGUUGGGCUGAGCCUGUGUGCCCAGAAUCACAGUUACCAGAACUGGCAGCAUCUCUCCCAGCAAAUAUGUUCUUGUGAGCAGUGUCAGCUCCCAUUUCUUGGAAGACUUGCUCAAUGAAGCCUCAGCUUCCGGUACAUGCAGCAGACUUGCAGGAAGGCCUCAUGUGGGAGGUGUCCCUGGGAUGAGCCUGACCCUUAUCUUGCCAGCCAGCUGCAAGGGGAUUAUCCGGGAACACAGCUAUGCACGCACUCUUGCACUGGCUGGACUGCCUGGAGACCUUUCUCUUGUGUUGUAAAGCCAGCAAGAAAGCAAGGAUUGAACUGUUCUGAGCUCUCACAUCUCCAAUGGAGAGCACCAAAUUUACCUAACUUUAGAAACUAAUCCUCAGAACAAAACAACAAAAGACCUUGGCUGUGGUGUCAGUCCUAGAGUGCAUGGUGUCUGGUCUCCAUCCAAUCUCACCAAGGAAGUGUUUGCAAGUGAAAAUGAACAGUGGAAUUCUCUUGUCCCUCCUUGGCUUCCUCCCACUCGUGACACCCAUAUGCCCUGUGCCAUGCAAGUGCACCACCAACAUUACUGACUGCUCAUUGAAAAACCUGACUGUAGAAAACCUGCCCACUGCUUUCCAUCCUUCAGCCGAGAUCAUCCACCUCGGUUCCAACAGGCUCACCUCUAUUCCCAAUGGGCUCUUUGACAACCUGAGGAGCCUCCAGGCAGUCUACCUGCAGGGCAACCCUUGGGAAUGCAUGUGUGACAUCCUCUAUUUGCGCUCCUGGCUCCAGUGGCAGCAGAACCGGAGCCUGUACAGGGAUGUGAGAUGCAGCUCCCCGGAGCACCUGCAGGGCCGGAUCAUCGCCUACCUGACAGAAGAUGAGAUCAUCUCCACAUGCCAGCAGUGGUACUGCAGCCUGGCUCUCCUCUCUCAGAUCUCUCUUUUCAUCCUCCUUUUCCUCCAGGGUAUCUUGGUUAUCUUCAUCAUUGUCUACCUGCAGAAAUUUCGGAGAAUGACCGCUGAAGCCCGGUGCACCACCCGAGAACUAGACCAGCAGGUAGACCCUUGGGUAUCUUCUUCAAUAAACCCCUCCAACAAUGAUUAACAUCACAAGGUAGAAGACUCUUCUCCCUCUGGGAGAUGCUGUCCCAAAGUCCUGUAAUUUGUGAUACCAAGAGGGGACAAUUCAGUACAGCAUCUAAUCCUGACUGCAGUCUGAAGCAGGACUUGAACUUGAUCAGAUAUGUGCUGUGUUCCUAAAGAAUCAAUCUUGUGUUUUUUCAAUACUUUAAAUUCUUUAGCAUGAUCUUGACUGCUUAUCUGAGAUGGAAGUGGUUCUGCAGAAUAAGGAAGUCAUAAACUACAGCAAUCAGAACCAACUCAAACAGCUCAUAAGCUCAUAGGGGCUCCACUGCUUGAUCCCUCCCCUCCUACAGUAUCCCAGGAAGCUUCUGGUUGUGCCUGGGUCAGGUGAGGACGGAGGUGGGCAGCGAAUUGUUUGAAUACUGAGCUAGAACAACGGAGAAAUACAGAUUCCUUCUGCUACCACAGACAGCAUUAAGAGCUUUAUACUAUGGAUUUAGUCUUCUGCCUUGGUUUCCCAAGUAAAAAGGGAAAGGAAAUAUCUUUUUGCUUGGUGUAUCUUUUCUAAUGUUCUUCUGGGGGAGGGAGGGCAUGUCUAGAAGCCCACUCAUUUUACCUUAUCUGCAUUCCUUUUAAUCGACUUUAGUUUUAAUACUGACUUAAGCAAGUGAGAUUGGUGCCCUGAAUCUUUAUGAGAAAUUCAUCCUGAAGACAAAAAUUGUUUGGCUGUGCCUGUAUGGCAUCUGGCACGAGAGAUCUUGUCUUGAAAGACUCAAACUGCAGACCCCCCUGAUGUCCCUACUGCUGUUUAUGGUGUUAGUUAUUUUUGAA